UCCCACUUCAAACAUUUCAUCAUCAUACAUCCCACUCUCAGUUAAUCGUCUUUGACCAAGCCAACCUAGGUACCUUGCCACGUUAACCUACCCGAGACACACACUGUACGUUCAAUCUGUUACGCGUUGCACGCGACAUCCAUCGCGGGGACGGCUGCCAAGAUGGAUUUUGCCAUCGAGGCUCCUGGCGCCGCUUCACCGUUUUCCCUCGAUGAACUCUAUCGAGCCCUCGAAGCAGCACAAUCCUACGAUAACAGUCAACGCCAAGCUGCUACACAACAGCUCUCCACGUGGGAAAGUGAGGCAGGUUAUUACCCAACUUUACAGACAAUAUUCCUAAACAAGGAUUUGUCCACUCCAGUCCGACUUCUUGCCAUCAUCCAGCUUAAGAAUGGCAUCGAUCGAUAUUGGCGACUACACAAAGUCCACAAUUCAAUACCGCGAGAUGUGCGACACGUAGUUAGAGAACGACUGUUCCAAGGAACCAUCGGUGAGAGCGAUAGGCAACUCGCCCAGCUUAACGCUCUCGUUGCUGCCAAGAUCAUUCGUAUCGACUUUCCUACCGUCUGGUCGAGUCCACUCGCCGAUCUAAUAAGACUACUCAGAGACAGAAAAGACGGCAAUCAGGUGGAGCUAUGUGGCGCAUUAAUGCUCCUUCUCCGCGUAGUGAAAGAGUUGGGAACAGCUCGUCUACGCAAAUCGCAGACAACCUUGCAAUCCAUAACUCCAGAGAUCGUAUAUGUUCUUUGUGAAAUAUACAAUGCCAAGUUCACAGCAUUGACAUCAUUCCUUGCCAGUGGUCCUGGUGACGAGAGAAACGAUGAGGCUCUCCUAGCCAUGGAGAUCAGCCUGUAUGCUCUUAAAACCCUACGUCGACUUUUGUUGGUUGGUUAUGAAUCACCACACAAUGAUAAGAAUGUCCAAAAUUUCUGGAGUUCAUCACAGGAUCAAUUCCAGGUACUUUUUGGCUUUGUCGAUGGUGGUCCUUCGAACAUAGCGUGCUAUGUCGACGUCCUAACGAAACUCUUCAUGCAGUACUCAAAGCUACAUAUUGAGAUGGCUGAACAGCAUCCAUCCAGCUUUGUUUUAUUACCAAAUUCUCUAAACCUCGUCCGAGCAUACUGGUUCCUCACAGCCAAGGUUGCGGCAGUGUUUAGUGAGUCAGUUGGAAUACGCCACAAUGCGUCCAACCAAGGGAAGGCUAAGACCGAAGGCCCUAUCUUGGAGAAGAUUGCUCUGAAAGGCCUCCUGUUACUUCGUGCUUGCGUACAAAUGGUCCACCGUGGAAAGCGCACAAUUCUCUAUCGUUCUUCAGAGGCAGUACAAGAGGAGAAACAGGCCAUAGAGCAUCUCAAGGUUGAACUUCUAAAGGACGAGUUUAUUAUCGAGAUCAGCAAUGUCAUUGUCACACGUUUUUUACUCUUUCGUCAAGCUGAUCUAGAUGCAUGGGAGGAAGAUCCACAAGAAUGGGAACAGCAGGAAGAGACCGAAGGCAAUGCCUACCAAUGGGAGGUCCGACCCUGUGCGGAGAAGCUUUUCCUGGAUCUUUUAAUACACUACAAAGGACUCUUGUUACAGCACGUCUUGUCCUAUUUUGUCUCGAUCGAGGACCCCCAGACAACCCUGGUGGCUAGAGAGGCCAUUUAUACCGCCAUAGGUUUAUCUGCUAACGUAGUCUACGAGGAAGUUAAUUUCGAAGAUCUUCUGAAAAAGAUCAUAGUGGCUGAUGCUCAACGAGCCGAACCAUCCUGUCAAAUCCUGAGGCGCAGAAUUGCUAUCUUGCUAAGUCAAUGGGUCCCCGUUCAAUCAACCGCAGAAACCCGCCCGUUGGUCUACGAGAUAUUCCGCCACUUCUUGAACCCUAACGACCAGUACAACGAUAUUGUUGUUCGUAUAACCACAGCAAGACGGUUCAAAGUUGUCUGUGACGAUAUUGGGUUUGAUGGAAAAGUUUUCUCUCCAUAUGCUUCGGACGUCCUCGUUCAGCUUAUCAACCUAUUGGGAGAAGUAGAGGUCGACGAGGCUAAGCUAGCCAUACUCGAGUCGACACGAACCGUUAUUCUACGCAUGGAGACCCACGUGUCCCAUUUUGGUGACAUGAUAAUGAAUGCAGUGCCUAACAUAUGGCAGGCGCCAGCCGGCGAUCUAGGGUUUAUGAUGAAGCAAUCCGUUUUAGCUAUCAUCCAGACGCUAGUGAUGUCCAUGAAGACAGAUUCUCGACGCUAUCAUCAGAUGAUACUCCCAUUGAUUGUUGAAGCAACUCAGGAGGGAACGGAGCUAUUUCUAUAUCUCAUCGAAGAAGCUCUAGAAUUGUGGUCUAAUAUUCUACAUCAAACAGAACCUCCCAUGUCCCCGGACUUUCUAAGUCUUAUUCCGACCGGAAUCAAACUGCUUUCUGAACAAAAUGAGCACACAUCUACCCUCGUGGAUAUUCUGGGUUGUUACAUUGUUCUGGCGCCUGAGACAAUCCUUCUGGAUCAGUAUCGUGGGCCCACCGUCUCCGCAUUAUCGCGUUCGCUUGGCUCCAGGAACCGCGAGCAAGUUAAUCUUGUGGUUAAGUAUACUGAGUCACUGAUACGGCUGUCUCACGAAUUAGGUGGUGCAGCCGGGUUGCAGGUACUCGUUAAAGAUAUGAUGACCACAGGCGCCCUGCCUGCUAUUUUCGAAGGAAUCCAUGACACCUUCGAAGCUCACCAGACGUCGGGGCCUAAGAAGAGGCAAUCUCUUGUGACGGGUCUGACGCUCGUCGAUUAUUUCACAAUCCUGUCUCGAAUCGCCGUCCUAGAACCACAGCUAUUCGUCGAGGUGCUUGUCUCACUUGGUCCUCUUGAUCAGGUCUGGAGAUGGCUCAGCACGGAAUGGUUUCUUGCGUUUGAUACUAUGGCAGACUACAAUCAGCAGAAACUGAAUCUAUUAAGCCUUACGCGCCUUCUUGAGCUCCCUCAACCAAUGCAAGAUCUAGCAUUGCAGAAACUGCAAGAUUAUUUGUCCAUGUGGACAAGUGUGCUCGUCCUGAUUCUAGAUGGUGAUUUACCCAACCCCGGAAUCGACACACUAGUUCUCACCUCUGAACCGGAACCCACUGAAUGGGAUACGCCCAAGGACGUCCGAGAACGGGCCUUGUUUGCAUCUGAUCCGGUUAAACGGGUCCAGGCACUUGAUUUCGUACAGCAGAGUCUGAAGACCGUAACCGACAGAAUCGGAAUGAAAGCUUUCGAAGAUUGGACAGCCAAUGUCGAUAAAGAGGUCUUGGUCAACUUUGCUUCUGUGUCACGGUUCCCUUUGCCCACCGGUGAGGCCUAGUCUGCCGACAGAGUGGAUGAGCUGAGAACCCGUAUGUCAGAGAAGAUGGAGGAACUCUGGGAAGACAUUUCCCACCUCCGACAGAGAUCUCUAAGACACGUCCAAAUAAUCGACGUGCAAGAGUUGGAAAAUGGGGAGGUGGAUGGCGUGGAGGGCGUGUGUCGAUGGGUACCCGAGGAGGAUGACUCCGAUACGAAUGGACCUUGGUAGCCAACCUUAGGGGAAUAGCUGCAUGCUGUCUUGGGCUACCCAGGAUAUCAACCCGUAGUUAGGAAGGAUACCUACAUAGGAAACUGCAAAAGAAUAUUGACCCUUAUCCUAUGCGGCUCGGUUUGAAUUAUUAGUGGUUUGGUAACAGUGACUUGCGUUAGAAUUAGGUGCUGAUACGUUGAAUUGAAGAUGCGCGAUAUGUUACAAAUCGGUCUAAUUUCGUGGAGUGACAAUGUUCUCAUCUAUAGUGACAGUUACGUAUGACAAGAUCGCCU